UUAAUGUUUUAUAGUUUUACACGCUUCAUCAAUUUCCGUCGUGUGUUUUCAGUUUGUGACAGUUAUUUAACAAUAUUCACUGAAAAUACAAAAUAUUACCUAUAAGAUGGAUUGUAAAGUAAUACCUCUUUUACUUAUCUACAUGUAUCUGACUACAGUUGGAUGUGAAGAAAUUAGUUGUGAUAGUGGACAAUGGGGAAACAACUGCACGAGCACCUGUCCAGCUUUUUGUACAUCCUAUGGUUGCGACAAGAAAACUGGUAUUUGUUACGAAUGUAUAAAUGGCUACCAAGGAAAGUAUUGUGAUAUACCAUGCCCUUUUAAGUGUAUAAGAUGUGACCAAUACAAUGGAAAAUGUUACACAUCAUGUUCCAUUAACUGUCGCAAAUGCACUACCGAACAUCCAUGUUUAUAUUGUAAAGAUGGCUGGUAUGGAAAGUCGUGUGAAAAGCCUUGCAGUUUAAGACCAGGGUGUGCGGGAAGCUCCUGUUCGAACUACUAUGGCAAUUGUCCUGUUUGUCACGAUGGAUGGUACGGGUAUAAAUGCGAAAACCAAUGCCCGAACUGUUUCGGUAGCUGUUAUAAAUCUGGAUAUUGCCCUCAUUGUAUUUCAGGAUUUUGGGGUAGAUUUUGUGAGAAGAAAUGUACAGGAACUUGCGAAAUGUGUGAUAAAAAUGACGGGCAAUGUGUGCUAUGCCCGGACAAAUAUUGGGGGCCAAACUGCUCUAACCUCUGUAGCCUAAAUAAUUGCGAGAGGUGUGAUGUAAAUACAGGAAUUUGCAAAAAAUGUAAAGCAGGCUACUGGGGUACAGACUGUAAGAGACAAUGUAACAAUUGUAUUGACAAAAAAUGUGAUAUUUCAUCAGGCGUAUGUGAAAACUGCAAGAUGGGUUAUGCAGGCGAACAUUGCAACAUAAAAUGUGAAACAUCUAGAUGUUCACAUUGGUACUGUAACAGAAGACAAGGGUUCGCUUGCUCAACUUGUAAACAUGGGUAUUGGGGUACAUUUUGUGAAAAUAAAUGUAAUUGGAAAAAUUGCUUAAUAUGCAGUAAAGAUUUUGGGAUUUGUACCAAAUGUACCGCCGGGUAUUGGAGUUCUUCCUGCGAGAUGGAAUGUCCGGCGAACUGCAUACUAAGCUGCGACAAAAGUUCAGGUGCCUGUAAUUAUAAAUAUGUACAAGAUGCUUUAUAUGUACAAGAUGCUUUUCUAAACAAAUUUUACUGUAAUUGUAAGCCAGGAUAUUGGGGAACUAGGUGUGAAAAUAAAUGUUCAGAAGAAAAUUGCGAAAGUUGUGACCGUUAUUCUACCCCUGGGCUUUGUUCCAAAUGUAAGCCUGGGUUUUGGGGAUUCGACUGCCGUAGUAGAUGCUCUCCUGACAAAUGUAUGGAAUGCAACAUAGAUGAUGGCCUCUGUACGUUGUGCGAGACCGGAUUUUGGGGGAAAGAAUGCAACUUACUUUGUCCAGGCCAGUGUCGCUGCUGUAACGCUAUUUCUGGUAAAUGUGUUCCGGACAAAUGCUCGGCCAUGACCAUGAUGACCGUAACACCAUAUGCAGCAAAAGACAAUGACAGCUUGCUGAUUGUUGGUAUUGUACUGAUAAUUUGUUCCAUCGUCAUACUGUUGUUGGUAAUCGUAUUCCUUUCCUUUAGGAUAAAUCGCAGAAGGCGAAGGUCAACUAAAACUACUGCACAACAUCAGAAUAACAAAGAUAAUACAGUGUCAUACAGAGUGAACAAGGAACGGGAAAUGACUAAGAAUGCAGGCCAGUACACGAAUGAGACGUACAACGAAUCAGACAUUGACAGCAGACCGGAAACUAAAUAUGACAACAUGAAUUUUUUUUAUUAAACAUGAUCGUGUCUGAAGAUGUUGAAAACCGAUUAAAAUGUGUGGAACACUUCAGAAAUAUCUAGAAUAUAAAAACAUGCUGAGGAACUGUUAUAUCUCUCUACAAUGUAUGUCAUGCACUUACCAUACUACAUGUAUUAUAAUUUGACUGUAUAUUUGAAAAAAGUAGCCAAAUUAUAUUGCAAUACAAAUUUAAUUAUAUUUGUGUAUUUGCUGAACUAAAAUAAAGUAGCCCAAUAUGUUUCAUUGCAAUGAAAAAUAUUUGUUUACAGUGAAAACACGGAAAAUGAAAACUUGCUUUUUUUUAUAUAAACACUUUUUU